AUGGUGGUCCUGGUGUACGGCUCUCCGGGCGGCCGCCUGACUCAGGCGCUGACGCGAGUAUUGGUACUGGUCCAGCUGGUCGGGGUGUUCCUGAGCGGCAUGACGGGCGCAAUCGCGCCCAUGGGGCGCCGCUGGGGGCCGGACGGGCCGGUGCAGCCCAUCGCUCGCACCCGCUCGGUGCUCCUAGACACAAAGACUGGACAACUAAGCCUGGUGGACGGCCGCCGAUCUGACGCGGUGGCUUGGGCCAACCUCACUAACGCCAUUCACGAGACUGGGUGGGCCUUUCUGGAGCUGGGCACAAGUGGCCGUUACAAUGACAGCCUGCAGGCCUACGCGGCAGGCAUGGUGGAGGCUGCUGUAUCUGAGGAGCUCAUCUACAUGCACUGGAUGAACACUGUGGUGAAUUACUGUGGCCCCUUUGAGUAUGAAGUUGGCUACUGUGAGAAGCUCAAGAGCUUCCUGGAGGCCAACCUGGAGUGGAUGCAGGAAGAGAUGGAGCUGAACAGGGACUCCAUUUACUGGCACCAGGUACGGCUGACCCUCCUGCAACUGAAAGGCCUGGAGGACAGCUAUGGUGGCCACGUGACCUUCCCAACCGGGAGGUUCACCAUCAAACCCUUGGGCUUCCUCCUGUUGCAGCUCUCUGGGGACCUGGAAGAUCUGGAGCCUGCCCUGAACAAGAGCAAGACCAAGCGUGCCCUGGGCUCAGGCUCCUGCUCGGCCCUCAUCAAGCUGCUGCCAGGCCAGCGUGACCUCCUAGUCGCCCACAACACCUGGAACUCCUACCAGAACAUGCUGCGCAUCAUCAAGAAGUAUUCCUUCCAGUUCCAUGAAAGCCCCCAAGGUGGGUGGGCAUGGGUGACGCUGGAGACCACCAUUGGCAACAACAACCCGGCGCUGUGGAAGUAUGUGCAGCCAGAAGGCAGUGUUCUGGAGUGGGUGCGUAACAUCGUGGCCAACCGUUUGGCUUUGGAUGGAGCCAUGUGGGCUGACAUCUUCAAGAAGUUCAACAGUGGCACGUACAACAACCAGUGGAUGGUGGUGGACUACAAGGUGUUUGUCCCCGGUGAGCCCAGUCCUGGGAGCAAGGUGCUCACCAUCCUCGAGCAGAUCCCAGGCAUGGUGGUGGUGGCUGACAAGACCGAGGAACUCUACCAGAAGACCUACUGGGCCAGCUACAACCUGCCGUCCUUUGAGACAGUCUUCAAUGCCAGUGGGCUGCCAGCCCUGGUGACCCGAUAUGGAGACUGGUUCUCCUAUGAAGGUAGCCCACGGGCCCAGAUCUUCCACCGCAACCAGUCCGGAGUGCACGACAUGGAUUCCAUGAUCCGGCUCAUGAGGUACAAUAACUUCCUUCAUGACCCCCUGUCCUGGUGUAUAGCCUGCAGUCCCCACCCCAAUGCGGAGAAUGCCAUCUCAGCCCGCUCUGACCUCAACCCUGCCAACGGCUCCUACCCCUUCCAGGCCCUGCACCAACGCUCCCACGGAGGCAUCGACAUGAAGGUGACCAACUUAAAACUGUCCAAGGCCCUGCGCCUGCAGGCCAUCAGUGGCCCCACGUGGGACCAGGUGCCCGCGUUCCAGUGGAGCACCUCACCGUUCAAUAGCCUGCUGCACAUGGGCCAGCCUGACCUCUGGAAGUUCUUGCCCAUCGAAGUCUGGUGGGACUGA